CUUUGCGACUUUGUUAAAGAAAAUUGGAAAUUUAGAACCCUCCAGAUUGAAGACAUUCAAAGACGGAUAACGAAGUUCUUCAGAGGUCCACCCACAUGGAAUGAGCAAUUGUAAUCACUCGGCCUUGACAAUUGACACAUAAACUAGAGGAGGCAUGCUCAGAAACUCGACUCUGAGCGCCUUUCGCGCAAGCGAUGGCGUUCUUGAGUCUGCUGCGGGGAGGAUAACACGGUCCAUAACGGCCACCCACCGAAGGGCCUUUUCAUAUACUGCACGGCAAAAUGCCGGAAUCGCACACUUCACACCCGCAUCGACACCCGAACUCACCAAGCUCCUCGAAAGUAUCCGAGAGAAGAUCAUCCUACCUUCCUACAUACCACCCGACCAGCGUAGGAAGAUAUUCUCCCUCAAGUACGAGAAGAAGUUACAAUCCGACCCUAUCACUAUCGAGAUCGACGGCGAGGUUAUCAAGUUUCGCUACAUGAACCCCUUCAAGGAGAUGCCCCAGACUCGUCGCAGCGUCGUCAGUGCUGUUUCCCAAUUUACUACUGAUGAAGACUUUGCCAACCUACGGCCUCUAUUCGAAGGAAUCGCCUACGCGAAACGCAAAUUUGGAUCCGACUUCUACUGCAAGGUUCUCAGAACCUGCGGCAAUAAGGGCAAGAUCUACGAUGUUCUUGAUUGCGCGCGCAGCGUCCGCCGCACCGGCUUCAAACUCGACACAAGCGAGAAAGUCAACGAGGCCUUGUUUCACAUCCAGAUGAAGGCCUUUGAUAGUAAAUGGGACGAAGCUGAGACGAAACGGGCCCUACGAAAAGCUGAGCUAGUCAUCGAGUUACUACAGGACGAGGGCCACAUUCCCGCUAAGGCAGAGGACCGGCGCAUGCUCGACGGCGAACUGCCCCUGUACCGAGACCCCAUGACCCUUCUGGCGCCAUUACACAUCGCCGCGGGAUUCGUUGUAAAUAAUGGAGACAGCGAGGACGUGGGCCUCAUGUUGGAGAAGGCGACGGACUACGCGAAGGAUGUUAUUAGGGUAUGGCCCGAAGGCAAGAGCUUGACGGCUGUGCAGCCAGAAAAGGCGUACGAGAUGGACAACAAGAUGAAAUACCUGGCAGAACCCAACAAAUUCUUCGCCCUAUGCACGCCACUUUUGCACGGCCUCGAUAUGGCGAUCAAGGUCGUUGAGCCCGAACUCGCAAAACAACUCCUUUCCCGGCGGAACCAACUUACAGCCGACUUAAGAGCCGCUAAGCCGGAUAUUUCUUGGAGGGGUGAAUCCGCUGCCGAGAAGUUCUACGGCGAUGUUGAUACCAUGAUCACAGAUCUGCCCGAAGAGAGUCAAUAAAUAAAUAAAUCAAAUUAAACUCAAAGAAGAAAACCCCCUUUAUGGGAGAGAGAUUAGAUAAGAUGUUAUCAUGACUUGUACGAAGAAAUCAAAU